GGAGGAGCUCCCAGCACCGGCGCCGGGGGUUCCUCGGGCCCCACGUUCACCUACACGUUCCGUGGGGACCCUCACGCCAUGUUCGCUGAGUUCUUUGCCGGCCGCAACCCUUUCGACACCUUCUUCGUGCAGCGCAACGGCGACGACGACGAUGGCGACGAGGCCUUCAGCACCUUCCACCUCGGAGGCUUUGGCAGUGUCAGCUUCCCCCGCGGCCCCCGCGGCCACGACGGGCGGCGCCAGGACCCCCCGGUGCUCUAUGACCUCAGAGUGUCCCUGGAGGAGAUCUACAGUGGCUGCACCAAAAAGAUGAAGAUCUCCCACAAGCGACUCAACCCCGACGGGAAAACGGUGAGGAACGAGGACAAGAUCCUGACCAUCGAGGUCAAGAGGGGGUGGAAGGAAGGCACCAAGAUCACCUUCCCCAAGGAGGGUGAUCAGACCCCGAACAACAUCCCUGCCGAUGUCGUCUUCGUGCUCAAGGACAAACCACACGAAGUUUUCCGUCGCGAGGGCUCCGACAUCGUCUUCCCGGCACACAUCAGUCUCCGGGAGGUGGGAUAG